AUGUCUGCUGGAACCCCCACAUCCGCUCCGAGGGAGCGCAAGCUCUCUACCGGGGCACCCAUAUCGACCCUGCAAGGUCCAGUCGGUCCUGGCUUCUCCCGGCCCAAGCACAAGCGGACAGCCACCGGAUUUGCCGCGCAGGACAUCAAGGCCGUCGAGUCCAGCAUUCCGGAGCACAUGCGAGAAGCAUGGAGAAAACACUCUCCCCAGGGCUUCAAGACAAAAGAUGAAUUCGAGGCCGAAUGUGUCCGGCACGUCGAGACGACGUUGGCAAGAUCCUUGUACAAUUGCGAUGAGCUUGCCGCAUAUUCCGGAACCGCAUUGGCUUUCCGAGACCGCCUGAUCAUCGAUUGGAACAAGACCCAACAGAGACAAACCUUUGCAGACCAGAAGAGAAUUUACUACUUGUCUCUGGAAUUCUUGAUGGGCCGAACCUUGGACAAUGCAAUGCUCAAUGUCGGUCUGAAGAAUGUGGCCAAAGAGGGUCUCGAAGAGCUGGGUUUCCGCAUUGAGGACGUUAUCAACCAAGAGCAUGAUGCUGCCCUGGGGAACGGCGGUCUCGGUCGAUUGGCGGCAUGCUUCCUUGACAGUUUGGCUUCGUUGAACUACCCCGCCUGGGGCUACGGUCUCCGAUACAGAUACGGUAUCUUCAAGCAAGAGAUUGAGAACGGAUACCAGGUUGAAAUUCCGGAUUAUUGGUUGGACUUCAACCCCUGGGAGUUCGCUCGUCACGAUGUCACCGUUGACGUCCAGUUUUAUGGUUGGGUCAACAAAUACACCAAUGACGAGGGCAAGCAGGUGGUGGCCUGGCAGGACGGCGAGAUUGUCAAGGCGGUGGCCUAUGAUGUUCCGAUCCCUGGUUAUGGUACAUCGACCGUCAACAACCUGCGUCUCUGGUCUAGCAAGGCUUCCAGUGGUGAAUUUGACUUCUCCAAGUUCAACUCGGGCGACUACGAAAGCGCCGUGGCUGACCAACAGCGUGCUGAGACCAUCUCGGCAGUGCUGUACCCCAACGACAACCUCGAGCGAGGCAAGGAACUGCGUCUGAAGCAGCAGUAUUUCUGGUGUGCUGCUUCUCUCCACGACAUAGUGCGUCGAUUCAAGAAGACUCAACGCAAAUGGUCUGAGUUCCCCGAUCAAGUCGCCAUUCAGUUGAACGAUACUCACCCAACUCUUGCCAUCGUCGAGCUGCAACGAAUUCUGGUCGACAAAGAGGGCCUGGAAUGGGACGUGGCAUGGGACAUUGUCACCAAGACCUUUGGCUACACCAACCACACGGUUCUGCCCGAAGCUUUGGAGAAAUGGUCGGUGCCGUUGCUUCAAAACCUCCUCCCCCGUCAUCUUAGUAUCAUCUACGACAUCAACCUAUUCUUCCUUCAAAGCGUCGAGCGUCGCUUCCCCAAGGACCGCGAGUUGCUGGCCAGAGUCUCGAUCAUUGAGGAGUCGCAGCCGAAAAUGGUUCGCAUGGCAUACUUGGCCAUUGUGGGAUCUCACAAGGUCAAUGGUGUGGCCGAGCUGCAUUCCGAUCUGAUCAAGACCACGAUCUUCAAGGACUUUGUCAAGAUCUAUGGUCCAGACAAGUUCACCAAUGUGACCAACGGUAUCACUCCCCGAAGAUGGCUGCAUCAAGCCAACCCCCGUCUCUCGGAGCUGAUCGCGUCGAAGCUCGGCAGCUAUGAGUUCUUGAAGGACCUGACUCUUCUGAACAAGCUUGAGCCGUUUGUCGACGACAAAGACUUCAAGAAAGAGUGGGCCGAGAUCAAAUAUGCCAACAAGGUCCGACUUGCGCAACACAUCCUCAAGACGACUGGCGUCAGCGUCAACCCCAAGUCUCUGUUUGAUGUCCAGGUCAAGCGUAUCCACGAAUACAAACGACAGCAGCUCAACAUCUUUGGUGUCAUCCACCGCUACCUGGCCAUCAAGGCCAUGACAGCCGAGGAACGCAAGAAGUUGUUGCCGAGAGUUUCCAUUUUCGGUGGCAAAGCCGCACCGGGCUACUGGAUGGCCAAGACCAUUAUCCAUCUGAUCAACAAGGUCGGAGAAGUUGUCAACAACGAUCCCGAGGUUGGGGAUUUGCUCAAGGUCAUUUUCAUCGAGGACUACAAUGUCAGCAAGGCCGAAAUCAUCAUUCCGGCUUCGGAUAUCAGCGAACAUAUUUCCACUGCCGGCACUGAGGCCUCGGGUACGAGUAACAUGAAGUUUGUGCUGAACGGUGGUUUGAUCAUCGGCACGCUUGAUGGUGCCAAUAUUGAGAUUACGCGUGAAAUCGGCGAGCAGAACGUCUUCUUGUUCGGAAACCUGGCUGAAGACGUUGAAGAUCUCCGACACAACCAUUUCUACGGUAACUACCAGGUCGACCCUGAGCUGGUCAAGGUGUUUGAUUGCAUCAAGGCCGGCACUUUUGGCGAUGAAAGUGCUUUCGGCGCCUUGAUUGGCGCCAUUGCCGAACAUGGCGAUUAUUAUCUUGUCAGCGACGACUUCCACAGCUACUGCCAGACCCAACAACUUAUCGACGAGGCUUACCGAAACCAAGAUGAAUGGUUGAGCAAGUCGAUCCUGAGCGUGGCUAGAAUGGGCUUCUUUACUUCUGAUCGAUGCAUCAACGAGUAUGCCGACAGCAUCUGGAACAUUGAGCCUCUUCAGGUCAAGGAUGAAGCCGAAGUCAGGGCACGAACUGGUCUGGACAACUAG